GAUAGACCAAAUUAUAUGUAGAUGUAAAAAAUUUCUGUGACAAAAUAUAUUUGCCAAUUUAUAGUGAUGAAAUAUGUCAUUUUUUUUUAAUAUUUAUGUUUUAAAACAUCUUGUAAAGUUACAGUGAGUACGUUUGGUUCAUAUUCGUCAUCGAUACCUUAACUAAUAACUACGGAUGAUUUACGCGUGCAUAUUUAUCAUCAUCGGUUUGGUUUUUAUUACCAUGACACAUAUUAGUCGGUAAUUAUACAAAUAGCAUGUAGUACGUAAGAAGAGCCAUCACACAAGUAAGAACACUUUAGAAAAAGUGUGAAGCAUCAUGAGUGAUGUCCAUUUAGAAGACUUAUUCUAUGAGUGCGAUCGAAAUGGCCAAGGGAAAAUUGGUCCAGAAGAAUUUCAAGAACUAUGCGCCAAAUUUGAUAUCGAACCCAGCGAUUCGGAUGUGAUAUUUUCAGACUUGGAUCGUGACGGUGACGGACAAAUAUGCUUGGAGGACUUUGCGUGGGGAUUUCGGGAUUUUUUAUCUCCUGGUAAACAAGACAAACCCAAUGAAAAUAGGACUCGUGGAGAAUUGGAAAGAAGGAACUCACAAGCCUGGUCAAAUUUCGUAUCUGUUAUUGGAGAGCCAGCUUUAAAGAAAUUAUUUCAUACCAGUGGAAAAAAAUUAGCGGAUUUGUAUAUGGAGAUUCAAAAUUGUAGUCCAUCAUCAGAACUUAUAACACAUUUUGAGGGAGCUUUAAGUUCAUUAAUGGAAGAUGUGAAACGAUUACAUGAAGAUAAUGAAAAACUUGAAAACAUGUUUAAUCGUGAGCGUCAAACACAUCUAACAAGACUGCGAGGUUUAGAAGAAGAAAUAGAUGCACAAGUUGCAAAAGUUGAAGCUCAAGCCAGGGAUGAAGCAAGAGAACAAUUUGAAUUUGAAAAAAAAGAAUUGAUGAAAAAAAUGGAAGCCGAAACAAUAGAGUUAAAAACCCAUUUGAAAUUGUUUCAAAAGGUGAACACUGUGUUAAGCCAAAAAAAAGUAGACAAGAACGAUAUGGAUGAGACCAUAGAAGAAUCAAGGGAACUUAGACGUAAAUUAAUUGACACACAAACUAAUUUGGCAGUAGUUCGUUCGGAAAUGGAAAAACUUCGAUCUGAGUACGAAAUUAAAUGCGAGGAGUUUAACAACACGAUACAAGUAAACAUCGAUCCUUUAGAAGAACAAAGUGGAGCACAAUAUACUAUAAAACGACUUAUGGAUGAUAUUGACAGUGGACGAUCUACUCUUGUAGAAUCAAAUAAUUAUUAUCAAAGGGAUCUACAAGAUGAGCUCUCAAAUGCAUCUUCAAUCAACGCACCUUACCAUUCAGCAAAAACGAUAGAAUUUGAGGAAAUGAGUUUAUCCGGCCGUGAUUCCCAGAAUAUGAUGCAUUUCCACACACCAGCUAGUGCAAUGAGCAUAAGUAGUUAUGAUAUGAUCGGUGGUGAUCCAGAAAGAACAUAUAAAAUCGUAUUCGCCGGUGACGCGGCUGUUGGAAAAACGUGUUUUAUUCAUCGUUUCUGUAAAGGCACCUUCUCAACAAAACUUGGAUCUACUUUAGGUGUUGAUUUUCAAGUUAAAACAAUCAGAGUUGAUGAUAGAAAUGUAGCAUUACAGUUAUGGGAUACAGCUGGACAAGAAAGAUUUCGUUCCAUUACAAAAGCGUAUUUUCGAAGAGCAGACGGAGUCGUUUUACUUUAUGAUGUUACUAAUGAAAGAUCUUUUAUCAAUAUUCGUCAAUGGGUUUUAUCGAUAACGGAAGUAGCUGAUAAACAAUUACCAAUUUGUAUUUGUGGUAACAAACUGGAUUUAAGACGCGAAGCAGAGUUGCAAGGACUAACGUGCGUGUCCACAGAUCACGGUGAACUUUUGGCUAAGGAUUACAACGCAGUAUUUUUCGAAACUAGUUCCAAACUUGGAACGAAUAUUAAUAACGCAUUGGUUACACUAUGCAGAGAAAUGUUGAUUAGAGAAGAUGUCGACAUUCAAACGUCUGCUUUAUACAUCGCAGAACAAAAACAUCAUAAAUUUAACCCAGGUUGCUGUUAACAACUACACAUAUUAUUUAAUUACUUUAAAAACCUAUCAAUAUUCUAUUUAAAUAAUUAAAACAUAGUAUACUUGCGCUAUAAUAUUAUAAUACUAUAUUUAUAAAAUAUUUUGAUUGACGUAAAAUAGUAAAAUCUAAUAACAAUAAAAAUAAAAAUAUUAAAUGAUUUUAAACAUGAGAUGUCUUCCAUUAUUAAUAAUACAUUAACCACUCAAAUUAUGUAAUAAAAUCAAAUUUAGUUGAAUAUCAAUAACAUUCGAACAAGAAUAAUGUAACACGAGAAACAAUAUCAAAAUUAAUUAUUUGUGAUAAAACAUAUCAUUGAAACGAAGUACAAAUAAAAAAUUAAACACAAUAUAAGAAAUAUGUACCUACGUAGUGUACAUUGUCGGAGAUUUUAAGUUUACAGUGUUUUGGAACAAUAAGUAACGAUAGUUACUUGCAGGGGUUUAACACAUAGACGGACAGUGAGGAUUAUAAAUAAUUAUAAAAAGCAUGACUAAAGUAGACUUGGUCUCUUAUAUGAUACCAUUGAAAAAACCACUGCUGUAGCAGUAGUGUCCAUUUUUGGUCGGUUUUCGAGAAUUGCUAUAGCAGUACUAUUACAUAUGCAUUUUCGUGUCCCAUGGCAUCACCAAACAAAAAUAUUGCCACAGCAGUACUUUUCGUAAUUGUCCGUCAAUGUGUUAAAUGGUGGUGAUGUCAUGAGAUUCCUCUGAGUCCUUACUCUGGCCACGCAUAAAAACGCCCUUUUUAAAACUGUCUUCAAAAGAUACGCUUGUAUACGCUCAAGGCUCGAAGUUGAAUCGAAAAAUAUCCUCCGUUAAAAAUAAUAACCUAUUUACCUUUUGAAAUGGUAUCAUUUUGGUUUAAUAAAGUUAUUCAGUUAUCGUAUUAAAUAUUUUUCAGUUUGACAAAAAUAUCAUUAUAUACCUAGAUUAUAUAGUAAAAUGCAUACAUAUUAAGUUUAAUUUCUUUUAUCAUCUCACUAUUAUUUAUGUUUGAUUAUAUACUUACUUUUAUUAUAUUUAAUUUAAUUUAAUUUAAUUAUAACAAACAAAAUAUUACAUUUUUAUUAUAGUUUGUUAUUAUAAUAGGUAUUAUAUGCUUCGUUAAGAAAACUAAUUUAGAUACUUAUGUAAAAUGUAAAAGUUCAAUGCAAAUA